UUCUUCACUCACACUAUCGCUCCGCAGAGAUUCAGGGCUGGGGAGCAACGAGUCUCAUUGGGCGAAGACGGAAAGGGAAGCAGCUUUCUCCCCCUCUCGCCCAUCACCGGGAAAGAGCCAAGACGAGAAAAAAGAUGGAGAGGAUGCAGGGAGAGGGAGAGGUGGACCACCUGGAGAGACCAAGCCCGCUGACUGACAAGGAUAAGGUGAACAUCCAGGACUCCUGGGCAAAAGUCUACCAGAAUUGCGAUGAUGUUGGAGUGGCCAUACUUAUCAGGCUGUUUGUUAGCUACCCCUCAUCCAAGCAAUACUUCAGCAAGUUUAAGAACAUGACGGAACCGGAGGAACUGGCAAAGAGCGCCCAGCUGAGGAACCACGCCCGCAGGGUCAUGAACAGUAUCAAUACACUGGUGGAGAACCUGGAGAAACCGGACAAGCUGGCCUCAGUGCUGAAGCUACUUGGCAAAGCGCAUGCGCUUCGACACAAAGUGGAGCCUGUCUACUUCAAGUUCCUCAGUGGCGUUAUCCUGGAAGUUUUGGCGGAGGAGUACUCAGACGUAAUGACAGCAGAGGUGGCGGGAGCCUGGACGAAACUCUUGGCUACAAUCUACACCAGUAUCACAACCACCUACAAGGAAGUGGGUUGGACGACGCUCUCCGGCUCAACCGGGUGAAGGUUGAAGCGGGUUUGUCGAACGGUGCGCAUCUCUAGACCUCUGACCGUGUGUCCUCACAGACGACCGUCUUAGCUUUGAAACGAUGUAUCUUCACAGAACCUGUAUCUCAGAAAUACCGUGUCAUUUUGUCUAUGGGCAGCUAUGGAAUUUAGUACUUAGGAUACGCUGCAUAGGGCGCGCACGUGAGCUAAACCGAUAUCAAGCAAUUCUGUUAUCUUUCGCUGCUAUGCUGUUGCUGUGUUCAUGAGUCUGGAUUAGACUAGAAGUCGUCAAAGAAACUGGAAUCUCAAUUUUUGGGUGGCAACCCAGGUAGAGAGUGGAAGUUCGGAAAGUGUAACAAAGGACAAGAGGGCACAUUUGACACACGGAACGUGCCUUGUCAUGAAUGUGUAGAGUACAAACCUGAAAACGGUCAUGUAAAUUUUCCACGAUGCUUCUUCCCUAUUGGACACCGCGCGAGUUACAGAGAAUGACAUUUUUACAUUUUUAACAGUAACGACAGUAGAUUUUCUCAUCAUGACGCACCUUUGGAUCCAUAUUUACCAAUGUUUUCAAAUAAAAACAUGUCAAGGCCUUGUGAGUCGAUGACAUGCGA